GAGUUUGUGUGAUCAAAAUCAAACUCCAUGGGUCUGGUUAAGAGAAUCUGCCACCUUGUGCUAAGGUUCUUGGCCUUUGGAGCCACCCUUUCAUCGGUCAUUGUGAUGGCUACUACCCACGAGAGACUUGGCUUUAGCUUUUUCCCUUUCUAUUAUGAAGCCAAGUACACCAACACACCUGCCUUCAGGUACUUUGUGAUUGCAAACUCUGUAGUGACAGUGUACGGAUUCUUCGUCAUGUUUCUUCCCCCAAAGAGCUUGCUCUGGCGUUUCGUGGUUGCCUUGGAUUUGGUAUUCACGAUGUUGCUGAUAUCAAGCGAAUCAGCAGCAGUGUCAAUAGCGUAUGUGGGGAAGAAAGGGAAUGUGUAUGCAGGUUGGUUACCAAUAUGUGGUCAAGUCCGAGAUUACUGUAAUCAUGUCACCGGAGCUUUGAUUGCCGGUUUAGCGGCGGUCGUAAUAUACGUGAUUCUCCUUCUGUACUCCAUUCACACCGUGCUCGAUCCUCUCCUUUUGACCAAAACCGGAGGUUGCCCUCAUUAUUAGGUUUAGUAGAUGUUGGAUAUGUUUUAAGGUUAUUUGCUGUGUGCGCCUGUGUCCUCUCCUGGAAUCUCAUCUCUUCUUUGACUUUCAGCCCUCUUCUUGAGGGCGCCCCCCCCC